AAUACAACCACCCACGACCUCUCAUCGGAGCUUCUUCGUCUUCUACCGUCAUCUUCUUAAUCUCGAUCGUCAUAUCAGCUACGUCACAAAUGGUUAUAAUUGGCGCAGCAACUUGUCGUGGUUAGAAGCAAAUGGCUGGGUAUAUUCACGAAAGCUAAAACGACAUCGUCUUCUCUCCACAGUCGAUCUCUCUGAUCCAAUUUCUUUCUUGAAUCGAAAAGGUUAAUGAUUUGAUGGAGGGUAAGAAGAAAGGCUACGCUUGGGCGGUCUCCGCCGGACUAAACGCAGCUCUGGCUGCCGUUUCGGCGAAGCUGAUUACUCCUCAGAUUUUGAGGUAUGGAAUGGUGGUUUUAUUCAACGUGACAAUGUGGGGGUGUUAUGUGAACAGCCUUAAAGCUCUUUCAUCUCUACAAGCUACGGUUACUAAUUUUGCUGCGAAUUUCCUCUCUUCUGGUUUAGCUGGUUACUUCUUGUUCCAAGAGCCCUUGUCCUUUAAGUGGUUUGUAGGUGCCAUGCUCAUUGUAUUUGGUUCACUUGUACUUAGUAAGUCAAGUAUUGAGAAGAAGACACGGACGGAUUAGCAGCUAUGAAUUCCACUUCGCUCAUCUGAGAUACAGAUAGAUAAUAGUAGAUUUUCAUUUCUGUCCGGCUACAGAUGAAAGCAGGAGGAUGUAGAUGUAGUUAAAACAGUACAAAGACUGGAUUUUGUUUUUAUGUAAGUUUAUGCUUAAUGUCAUUCUCCUUUGAGGAUAUUUCUAUAUGAAAAGAUCUUCUCUGA